AUUUCAAUCACGGAUUCUGGAUCCGCCGUAUUAUGUCAUAAUCUAGUGUUAGCCUCCUGCCAUCCCACCGCAUCAAACUCUCCCCUCUCCCGCCAUUUUCACGUUGCCCGCCGUGCCCACACACCCUACAAAAAUGUAUCCAUCUACCACCAUGUCAGCGUCCGAGUCACUGCCGUCCACCAGCAACACCUCCGUUAAGAAGUGGAAAGGCAACGAGAAACCUGUUGAAGACGUACUAGAGACAAACGCCGAGGCCAAGAGGGAGGAGGCCGAGGUCAAGAGGCAGGAGCCCAAGGUCAAGAGGGAGGAAGCCGAGGUCAAGAGGAAGGAGCACGAUGUCGAGAAAGCCACCAAAGCACAACCCACUUCAGCCUUCAAUAAAACCUUCAUACGUUUGGUCACAAGAUCAGCUCUGGGAGUCUUGCUACCAUUGGGACUCGAGUUGCGACCUCAGGACCGCUGGGAGGGUUUUCUUGUGCAGGCGGAAACGCGGUUGAGGAUGCACCUCACAUUGCCGGCGAUCAUCCUAUCCAGCUCCAUCCUCUUCAUAGCAACAGCACAUAUCACGCAGCACGCUUUGACGUCUACUGCCUCCUACAAGGCGCUCAUACAUCUGCACCAUCCCCAGGAUACGGGGCAUUUCUUCACAACAGAUUCAACGUCUUUUUUCACCUGAACCAACAAUCCGACCUGCAUUCCCUCUCUUACUCCUAUCUGUCGGCAUCCUGUUCAACGUCUUCGCGAGUCUAUCUAUGAUGGUCACCCUCACAAUUACAAUUUGGGAACAGACUACUAGUGUUGGACUGCUAUUUUUUUGCGUCGUCUUUAACGUUCUGCUCACCAUAUUAUC